UUGUCAUCCAUGACACCUUUUCCCACCACCCUGCAGUACCGUGCUCUCUCAUGCCACUCGAUUUCCACCCGAUCUCCAAUUCCAACCCUUGCCCUGUGUCUAUCGCGGGCUGCUCGCGCCUUGUGAACAAGAACAAUGCCUCCGGCCAGGAACCGGAGUGCGGAUGGUCGCUCGCAAGGGGACUCCGAAACUCUGGCACCCUCGCCUCAGAAGAAUUCACCGAAGCCUAAACGUCACUCGUUCUCGCCUGCCCUGGGACGCCUGUCUUCCGAAAGUGACAGUCAAGACUCUGAAGCGACCACAGCUAACUCUGUUCCGCACAAUGUAGCUACACCACCUCCUGCACCUGCUGCCAAUGGCAGCCCGGUCUCUGCCUCUCCUCCCAGCAGCAAGCCCAGCUCGCCUUUCGUUGAACGCAGUAACCCCAUGGGCUCGGGAGCCGCCCAGACCGUCAGCUCCAAGGACCCCAAGGCUGCUGCCCAGGCUGCUACGGAUAUGAAGAAUGUCGUUCGCCGGAAGUUGACGGGCUAUGUUGGUUUCGCCAACCUGCCGAACCAAUGGCACCGCAAGAGUGUUCGCAAGGGCUUCAACUUCAACGUGAUGGUUGUUGGUGAAUCUGGACUCGGAAAGUCGACUCUAGUGAACACUCUCUUCAAUACCUCCCUCUACCCCCCUAAGGAGCGCACCGGACCUAGCCACGAUAUCAUCCCUAAGACCGUCUCCAUCCAAUCUAUCAGCGCCGAUAUUGAGGAGAACGGCGUCCGCCUGCGUCUGACGGUCGUUGAUACCCCCGGAUUCGGUGAUUUCGUGAACAACGAUGACUCGUGGCGCCCUAUUGUCGAGAACAUCGAGCAGAGAUAUGAUGCCUACCUUGAGGCCGAGAACAAGGUCAACCGUACCAACAUCAUCGAUAACCGUAUCCACGCCUGUGUUUACUUCAUUCAACCCACCGGUCACUCGUUGAAGCCCCUGGAUAUCGAAGUUAUGCGCAGACUGCACAACAAGGUCAACCUGAUCCCUGUGAUCGCCAAGGCCGACACCUUGACCGAUGAGGAGAUCGCCGCCUUCAAGCAGAGAAUUCUCGCCGAUAUCCAGCACCACUCUAUCCAGAUUUUCGAAGGCCCCCGCUACGAGCUCGACGACGAGGAGACCAUUGCUGAGAACCAGGAGAUCAUGUCCAAGGUUCCUUUCGCCGUGGUUGGUGCCAACGCCGAGGUCACCGCUGCCGACGGCCGCAAGGUCCGUGGACGUAGCUACCCCUGGGGUGUCAUUGAGGUCGACAACGAGGAGCACUGCGAUUUCGUCAAGCUCCGCCAGAUGUUGAUCCGUACGCACAUGGAAGAGCUCAAGGAGCACACGAACAACAGCCUGUACGAGAACUACCGUUCCGACAAGCUCACUCAAAUGGGUGUCGCCCAGGACCCGAGCGUGUUCAAGGAGGUCAACCCGGCUGUGAAGCAGGAGGAGGAGCGUGCUCUCCACGAGCAGAAGCUCGCCAAGAUGGAGGCGGAAAUGAAGAUGGUCUUCCAGCAGAAGGUGGCAGAGAAGGAGAGCAAGCUGAAACAGAGCGAAGACGAACUAUACGCACGACAUCGCGAAAUGAAAGAUCAAUUGGAACGCCAACGCCUGGAGCUAGAAGAGAAGAAGGGUCGUCUGGAAACCGGGCGGCCCAUCGAAGAGAAGGGAAAGAGGAAGGGAUUCUCUCUUCGUUAAUUGAACGCUCGCAUGACCGAUGCUCCGAUGCUCCGAUCCAGUGGCUCUCCCAAUGGGCCACCCAGGGUACGCAUGGUCGUCCGAGGGCACUCUGGUGGUUUAACGCAUACCUCUCCACGACUUGUCGACUGGCCGCACGCUCCUUUCCGCCGCCUGCCUUCUUUCUCUUGUGUUUA